AUGCGCGCCUUCGCUCUGUCUCUUGGCGCCCUCGCCGUGAGGGUAGCCAGUGCUCACGAGUAUCCUAAUUGCGAAUCGGACAACUGCUACCGCAACCUGAUCGACCCGCGGUUUUAUGAGAAGGCUGUGUCCUGGUGCCCCGAGUUCCUGUCUGGCACGACCACGGCCCCUGCGGCCAUCCCGACGGAGUUUGGCAACUGUGACGGUGUUGUCAAGGCUGUCAGCUCGGCCUGCUCGUGUAUCACCUACAGCGCCUCCACCACCACCACUUCGGUGCCCCAGACGACCACCAGCACGACCAGCACCACCUCGACUCCGGAGACGACCACCACGUCUGAGGUCCCCGAGACCACCACCACCACCAGCUCCACCUCGUCAUCCUCCACUACGUCUGAGGUGCCGGAGACCACCACCUCCACCAGCACUACCAGCACCGAGACCGAGACCGAGUCUUGUGAGCCUGAGACCUCGACGUCGGAGGUCCCUGAGACGACGACCACCACCAAAGCCCCCGAGACUACCACCUCCACCACCGAGGUUCCGGAGACGACCACCAGCACCGAAACUGAGACGGAGUCUUGCGAGCCUGAGACCUCCACCUCGGAGGUUCCCGAGACCACCACCACCACCACCACCAAGGCCCCCGAGACCACUACUAGCACCACCGAGGUCCCGGAGACGACCACUAGCACCGAGACCGAGACUGAGUCCUGCGAGCCUGAGACCUCGACGUCGGAGGUUCCUGAGACGACCACCACCGAGGCUCCUGAGACCACAACCACCGAGGCUCCGGUGACGACUACUAGCACUGAGACCGAGACCGAGGCGCCCAGCAGCAGCAUCUCUACCAGCUCUACCACCGAGUUGACCACCAGCACCAUCACCACGACCACGACCAGGACCAUCACCUCCUGCCCGCCCAGCGUGACCAAGUGCCCGCACACGGUCACGACCGAGACCAUCAUCACCACGACUGUCUGCCCCGUGACGGAGACACCCAGCACCACGCCUAGCGCUGCGCCCAGCACCACAACCGAUACCACCAAGUACACCACCAGCACCCUCACCAGGACCGCCACCAGGACCAUCACCUCGUGCGCGCCCACGGUGACCAACUGCCCGCCCCACAGCACCACGGUCACGACCGAGACAUUUGAGACCACCACUGUCUGCCCCGUGACCGAGACGCCCAGCGCCAGCCAGCCUCCUGUCGUGUCGCAGCCUCCUGUCGUCUCUCAGCCGCCUGUCGUGUCGCAGCCGCCUGUCUCGCAGCCGCCUGUCGUGUCGCAGCCUCCUGUCGUGUCGCAGCCCCCGGUCCCGAGCACGACCUCGUUCGGCACCAUCACGCUCUCUUCCAGCACCCGCGUCGGCCCUAAGCCCACUACAUCGCUGCCGGUCACAGCCGGUGCUGGCCGCGCCGUCGGCGCCAUUGAGGGCGUUGCCGCGCUUGCUGGUAUCUUCGCUGCCCUCUUUUAA